AUGGGAAUAACUCCACAAAUCUCUAUUCUAUCUUCUACUAAUUGUCAUUCUGAUAAGAAUAAUAGUAUCAACUCUGUAAAUCUAGAAAUAGUACAAAGUAAUAUCCCUGAGAAAUUCAUUUUUCCAGAAAUAAAUUAUAAUAAUACUUAG